CAGCUGUAAAUCAGACUUAAGUAAACUUCAAAAUAUUGUUCAUAUGCUCUACAUUCCAGCAACUCAACACAGACGAUGCCUUAAGACUAAUCUAGAAGAAGAAUAAAGAUUAUAAAAAUGUAUUCCAUGCUUAACUAUGCUGUGGCAAUUCAGACUCUUUGCGUUGUGUCUGUUCUAAGUCACAAACCCACUGUAAUGACAACAAAAGGACCAGUUCGAGGAUUCGCCAAGAAUGUCAAUCACGUCCACAUGUCUGUCUUUCUGGGCAUUCCAUACGCAAAACCUCCCACGGAGAUGCUCAGAUUCAAGCCUCCGGAAUCACCCGACAGCUGGAAUUCCACUGGUGUCAUCAACGUGACUCAAUCGAAACCUUCCUGUCCCCAGACCAAGGACGGAGUCUCGAACGCGUUCGGGCCAGGCUUCGAAAUUACGGAAACGAACGAAGACUGUCUGUAUCUAAAUAUCUUUGUGCCAGGGACAAAAAGAAAACCCCUUUUCGGUUCUUGGCCUGUCGUAGUGUUUCUACACGGCGGGGGUUUCCAAAUGGGAUCCGGGACACUCUUCGAUGGCAGUGUUUUAGCGGUAUAUGGAAGCGUGAUUGUCGUUACGAUGAACUUCCGUAUCGGGGUUCUAGGUUUUCUGUCAACAGAAGACUCGGCUGCCCCCGGUAACUGGGGUUUGUUAGAUCAAAGGUUGGCUCUGCAGUGGAUACAAGACAACAUCCACGGAUUUGGGGGAGAUAGAAAGAAGGUGACGAUUUUCGGGCAUGAAUCCGGUGCUUACAGCGUCGGACUACACAUUCUGAGUCCGAUGUCACGUGGUCUGUUCGCACGAGCUAUAUCUCUGGGCGGGGCAAUAGCCUCACCGGCUCUGUUGAACACAGAUGUUAGAAAGAGGGUCAGACAUUUGGCGAUGAUGCUCAACUGUCCGUAUGUGAUGAAAGACGAGGUCUCGUCGGAGAAGGUCGUGUCCUGUCUGAGGAAAGUUCCAGUUUCAGAUCUCAUCAGACACGACCAGUACUCUGACGGAGCAUUUACGCCAACGGUUGACAACCAUUUCAUACCACGUGACCCAAUCACCAUAUUGAAAUCCACACACUUUACCGCUGUAGACUACAUCAUUGGUGGAAACGCAGACGAAGGGACGAAUAUUGCUAACAAUAUACAAAACUUUUUCACUGGUCCUGGAAUGAGUCAGUCGGAUUUUGACAAAUAUACAUCCAGCAUCUCAUCCUUAGCACUUAAAAAGCCAAUACCAAAAAUUGUUGAACCAACAUUAGCAGCAAUGAUCUCAUCAAAGUAUUAUCCAAAGGAGGUAAAUCAUGGCGACUUCCGAAGAUCCUAUUUGGACGCUUUAGGAGAUGUUAUGAACAGCAAGAUAUUUAAGACUGGAAUGUGUUACUCGAAAAGGGGGAAAGUUUUCGUCUAUCAGUUCACGUACAGGCCAUCGCACGCUCGUUUCCCUAGUUACGUGGGGGCGGGCCACACCGAGGAACUUCAGUUCAUCCUCGGUUACAUUUUGAAUUCUAACGAAACAGACGAAGAGAAGAAGCUGUCAGCGGAUUGGAUGAAAACCUGGGGAGACUUUGCCUGGACAGGGAAUCCCAAUUUCAACAACGGCAGUCUCGUCUGGACGCCCUAUGGCUCCCCAUCGUGGAGUUAUUUACAAAUAACGGUGAACAUGACGAACCAAAAUGUCAAGAGCGAGUGGAAACCUGGCGCCAGAAGGUUUUGGAACGAGGUUGUACCGGAAGUCGCCAAGCUGGCGAGUAGCUUGGCGAGUACUACUCCCAAAAUGCCUGUCAUGAAAUGUGGUGAAAAGGGUUAA